AGUACAGAAAAUAGUGGAAUACGAUGGGUGAUUCGCUGGACAACACCGACACGUCGGUGGAUCCAGCCGUUAACCUGUCCAUUGCCAACUAUGAUGCAUUUGCAAAUUAUCUCCGGAAAGCUGUCACCAUUCUACUGCCGGAGGAGGAUGUUGUGCCCGAGUCCUUGAAUAAUGCUCUCGACGAUCCCAUUAAUCAGGAGACUAUUCGCAAGUUCCUCUCCGAUCCGCAAGUGCAGGCGUUGUACGUGCAGCGGAAUUGCAUUAAAGAGGAUGACAGCGAACAGCCGGGGGAAGGUGAAGAGGAGAAGGAGCAGGUUUCCUAUCAGAUCAGUAACGAUGUCCACUUCACUAACAGCCGCAUGGCAUCGCUGGCCUGCAUCAAGCGUGGCGUUGUCGUCGAGGCCGAUAAAUCGAUCCAUUCGCAACUGCGCUUGAUUAACUUCUCCGACGGCUCGCCAUAUGAGACACUGCAUGCGUUCAUCAGCAAAUCCCUGGCACCGUAUUUCAAGUCGUAUGUCAAGGAGUCGGGUCGUGCGGAUCGCGAUGGCGAUAAGAUGGCACCGUCGGUGGAGAAGAAGUUGGCCGAACUGGAGAUGGGUUUGUUGCAUUUGCAGCAGAACAUUGACAUCCCGGAGAUUACGCUGACGGCUCAUCCGGUUGUCAAUCAGGUCAUACGCAAGUGUGCCGACGAGAACCACAAGGCCAAAGUGGUGGACUUUGGCGACAAGGUGGAGGAUUCGUCGUUCCUCAAUCAGCUGCAGAACGGCGUGAAUCGCUGGAUUACCGAAAUCAAGAAGGUAACCAAGCUAAAUCGAGAUCCGGGCUCAGGCACUGCGCUACAAGAAAUCUCAUUUUGGCUAAAUCUGGAGCGUGCCUUAUAUCGCAUUCAGGAGAAACGCGAGUCGCCCGAAGUGGCACUUACCCUAGACAUACUCAAGCAUGGCAAACGUUUCCAUGCAACAGUUUCGUUUGAUACAGACACGGGCUUGAAACAAGCUCUGGCCACUGUAGCCGAUUAUAAUCCGCUAAUGAAGGAUUUCCCCAUCAAUGAUUUACUGUCUGCCACAGAGCUGGAGAAGAUUCGACCGGCUGUGCAGCAGAUAUUCUCGCAUCUGCGCAAGGUGCGCAAUACCAAGUAUCCCAUUCAGCGUUGCCUCAAGCUGAUCGAGGCCAUCUCUCGCGAUUUGUCACAGCAAUUGCUCAAGGUGCUGGGUACCCGUCGCCUCAUGCACAUUCCCUUUGAUGAGUUCGAGCGCGUGAUGAACCAGUGCUUCGAGAUCUUCAGCUGCUGGGACGAUGAGUACGAUAAGCUGCAGGGUUUGCUGCGCGACAUUGUCAAGAAGAAGCGCGAUGAGCAUCUGAAGAUGGUCUGGCGUGUCUCGCCGGCUCACAAGAAGCUGCAGACGCGCAUGGAGCAUAUGCGCAAGUUUAGGCGCCAGCAUGAACAACUGCGCACCGUCAUCCUGCGCGUGCUGCGACCCACCAAGCAAGCAGCUGGUGAUGAUGGCAGUGCCGUGGAGACCAAGCAGCCAUACAGUCUGGAUGCAGCCGAUGCUAAUGCCAUCGAAGAGGUCAACUUGGCCUACGAGAAUGUCAAGGAAGUCGAUUGCCUGGACAUUACCAAGGAGGGCUCCGAGGCCUGGGAGGCCGCUGUCAAGCGCUACGAGGAGAAGAUCGAUCGCGUGGAGACACGCAUCACGGCGCAUCUGCGUGACCAGUUGGGCACCGCGAAGAAUGCCAACGAGAUGUUCCGCAUCUUCUCGCGCUUCAAUGCGCUCUUUGUGCGUCCGCACAUCCGGGGCGCUAUUCGCGAGUAUCAAACGCAGUUGAUACAACGUGUCAAGGACGACAUCGAGGCGUUGCACGAGAAGUUCAAGGUGCAGUAUCCGCAGAGCAAGAGUUGCCGCCUGUCGUCGGUGCGCGAUCUGCCGCCAGUGGCAGGCUCCAUAAUCUGGGCACGUCAGAUUGACAACCAACUGACCAUGUACCUGAAACGGGUCGAGGAUGUGCUCGGCAAGGGCUGGGAGACGCACAUCGAGGGCCAAAAAUUGAAGGCAGAUGGCGACAGCUUCCGGGCCAAACUCUCCAUCUCCGAUGUCUUUCACGAAUGGGCACGUAAAGUGCAGGAGCGUAACUUUGGCAGCUCUGGUCGCAUUUUCACCAUCGAAUCAACUCGUUCACGUGUUGGACGCGGCAAUGUUUUGCGGCUGCGCGUCAACUUUCUGCCAGAGAUUAUAACGCUGGCCAAGGAGGUGCGCAACAUCAAGAACCUGGGCUUCAGAGUUCCACUUACCAUUGUGAACAAGGCUCAUCAGGCCAACCAAAUUUAUCCCUAUGCUAUAUCGCUGAUUGAGAGCGUUCGCACCUACGAACGCACUCUGGAGAAGCUUAAUAAUAGGAGUCUAGCACUAAAUUCAGUAUUCAAGAUCGAGGAUCGCGCAAGCAUUGUGCCUUUGGUUGCUGGACUGCGCAAGGAGGUGCUGAAUCUGGUCUCCGAGGGCGUUGGCCUAAUUUGGGAAUCGUACAAACUGGAUCCCUAUGUGUUGCGUCUUUCCGAGUGCGUCACUCAGUUCCAGGAGAAGGUCGAUGACUUGCUAGUGGUGGAGGAGCAACUGGAUGUCGAUGUGCGUUCGCUGGAAACAUGUCCGUAUAGUGCCGCUACCUUUGUGGAGAUACUCUCCAAGAUUCAGCAUGCUGUCGAUGAUUUAUCGCUGCGUCAGUAUUCCAAUCUGAGUGUUUGGGUCACCCGGCUCGAUGAGGAGGUGGAGAAGAAGCUCGCCUCGCGUCUCCAGGCAGGCAUUCAAGCUUGGACAGAGGCACUGACAGGCAACAAAAAGGAGGUGGACACCUCCAUGGACACAGAUGCACCAGUUCAGCCCACACAUAAAUUGGGCGGCGAACCGCAGGUCCAAAAUGCAGUGCACGAGAUACGCAUCACCAAUCAGCAGAUGUAUCUAUAUCCCUCCAUUGAGGAGGCCCGCUUCCAGAUCAUGCAACAGUUCUUUGCCUGGCAGGCCAUCGUCACCUCCCAGGUGCGACUACAGAGUACACGGUACCAGGUGGGCCUCGAGAAACCUGUCUCGCAAACGUAUCGCAAUCUGCUUACCAAAUUGCCCGAGGGAAAGAUUCUCGAAAAUGCCUACGGUGCCAUCGAGCACAAGAUUAGCGAGGUGCGCAACUAUGUCGAUGAGUGGCUGCGCUACCAGAGCCUCUGGGAUCUGCAGGCGGACACGCUCUAUGGCCGUCUGGGUGAGGAUGUGAAUCUAUGGAUCAAGUGCCUCAACGAUAUCAAGCAAUCGCGCACCACAUUCGAUACGUCGGACACUCGACGUGCAUAUGGCGCCAUCAUCAUUGAUUAUGCCAAGGUGCAGGCCAAGGUGACGCUCAAAUACGAUUCGUGGCAUAAGGAGGCGUUGGGUAAAUUUGGCACUCUUCUCGGAACCGAGAUGACCACGUUCCACACUAAGGUCUCCAAGUCGCGUACAGACCUCGAGAUGCAGAGUAUUGAGGCGGCGAGCACAUCGGAUGCAGUCAGCUUCAUUACGUAUGUGCAGACGCUGAAGAAGGACAUGAUUGCCUGGGACAAACAGGUGGAGGUGUUCCGCGAGGCACAGCGCAUACUGGAGCGUCAGCGUUUCCAGUUUCCCAACAAUUGGUUGCACGUGGACAACAUCGAGGGCGAGUGGUCGGCCUUCAAUGAGAUCAUCAAGCGCAAGGAUACCGCAAUCCAAACACAGGUGGCCAGUUUGCAGGCCAAGAUUGUCGCAGAGGAUAAAGCGGUGGAGACGCGCACCGUUGACUUCCUCAACGAUUGGGAGAAAACGAAGCCCACCGGCGGCAAAAUACGGCCCGAUGAUGCACUGCAACAGCUGCAAAUCUUCGAGAGCAAAUACUCGCGACUCAAGGAGGAGCGCGACAAUGUGGCGAAGGCCAAAGAAGCGUUGGAGCUGCAAGAGUCGGCCGGAGUGACCAACAACAGUUCGGAGCGCAUGAAUGUCGCCCUUGAGGAGCUGCAGGACUUGCGUGGUGUUUGGAGUGAACUGUCUAAGGUGUGGACUCAGAUCGAUGAGACGCGCGAGAAGCCCUGGCUAUCGGUGCAGCCACGCAAGCUGCGCCAGCAGCUGGAGGCGAUGAUGGCCCAGCUGAAGGAGUUGCCCGCCCGCCUGCGCAUGUACGAAUCCUAUGAGUAUGUGAAGAAACUCAUCCAGAGCUAUAUUAAGGUGAACAUGCUGAUUGUGGAGCUCAAAUCGGACGCACUCAAGGAGCGCCACUGGAAACAGUUAACCAAGCAAUUGCGUGUCAAUUGGGUCAUCUCUGAUCUGACACUGGGACAGGUGUGGGAUGUAAAUCUGCAGAAGAACGAGUCCAUUGUGAAGGACAUCAUUCUGGUCGCGCAGGGUGAAAUGGCACUGGAGGAGUUCUUAAAACAAGUGCGCGAAUCCUGGCAGAAUUACGAGUUGGAUCUGAUUAACUAUCAGAACAAAUGUCGAAUUAUACGCGGCUGGGAUGAUCUCUUCAACAAGGUCAAGGAGCACAUUAACUCUGUGGCUGCCAUGAAGCUAUCGCCCUACUACAAGGUCUUCGAGGAGGAGGCCCUCACCUGGGAGGAGAAGUUGAAUCGCAUCAAUGCCCUGUUCGAUGUGUGGAUCGAUGUUCAACGUCGUUGGGUCUAUUUGGAGGGCAUCUUCUCGGGCAGUGCUGACAUCAAGACACUGUUGCCCGUGGAGACUUCUCGUUUUCAGAGCAUUAGCUCCGAGUUUCUGGGCCUGAUGAAAAAGGUGACCAAGUCACCCAAAGUGAUGGAUGUAUUGAACAUACCCGCAGUGCAGCGUUCGCUGGAACGCUUGGCCGAUCUGCUGGGCAAGAUUCAGAAAGCCCUCGGCGAGUAUUUGGAACGUGAGCGCACAUCCUUUCCACGUUUCUACUUUGUGGGCGAUGAGGAUCUCCUGGAGAUCAUUGGCAACAGCAAGAAUAUUCCCCGUCUGCAGAAGCACUUCAAGAAGAUGUUCGCUGGAGUGGCUGCCAUUCUGUUGAACGAGGAGAACAAUGUCAUUUUGGGCAUCUCGUCGCGUGAGGGCGAAGAGGUACACUUCAUCAAUCCCGUGUCGACGGUGGACCAUCCCAAGAUCAACGAAUGGCUCUCGCUGGUGGAGAAACAAAUGCGCUUCACGCUCGCCUCGCUGCUCGCACAAGCUGUGCAGGAUAUCAAACAGUUCCGCGAUGGUCAAAUCGAUCCCCAAAAGUACAUGGAAUGGUGUGACAAAUACCAGGCACAAAUUGUCGUGCUUGCCGCUCAGAUUCUGUGGUCCGAGGAUGUGGAGGCUGCACUGCAGCAGGCAUCAGAGAAUAAUGCAGGCAAGCCAUUGCAACGUGUCCUCACAAAUGUGGAGAGCACACUGAAUGUGCUAGCGGAUUCAGUGCUGCAGGAACAGCCGCCGUUGCGUCGUCGCAAACUGGAGCAUCUGAUCAAUGAGUUUGUGCACAAACGGACGGUUACCAGACGUCUGCUCACCAAUGGUGUCACCUCGCCCAAAUCCUUCCAGUGGCUGUGCGAGAUGCGCUUCUAUUUCGAUCCCCGUCAGACAGAGGUGCUCAAACAGCUCACAAUUCACAUGGCCAAUGCACGUUUCUUCUACGGCUUUGAGUAUUUGGGUGUACAGGAUCGCCUCGUGCAAACACCACUUACGGAUCGCUGUUAUCUGACCAUGACGCAAGCGCUGGAAUCGCGUCUUGGCGGCUCACCCUUCGGUCCGGCUGGCACCGGUAAAACGGAGUCGGUGAAGGCGUUGGGUAAUCAACUAGGUCGCUUUGUGCUCGUCUUCAAUUGCGACGAGACAUUCGAUUUCCAGGCGAUGGGUCGCAUCUUUGUCGGUCUGUGCCAGGUGGGCGCAUGGGGCUGUUUCGAUGAGUUCAAUCGUCUGGAGGAGCGCAUGCUUUCCGCCUGCUCCCAACAGAUUCAGACCAUACAGGAGGCCCUCAAAUACGAGAUGGACAGCAACAAGGAGAGCAUCACAGUGGAGCUGGUGGGCAAGCAGGUGCGCGUCUCGCCAGACAUGGCCAUUUUCAUCACGAUGAAUCCAGGCUAUGCUGGCCGCUCCAAUCUACCCGAUAAUUUGAAGAAACUCUUCCGUUCGCUGGCGAUGACAACACCCGAUCGUCAGCUCAUCGCCGAGGUGAUGCUCUUCUCGCAGGGUUUCCGCUCUGCCGAGAAACUGGCCUGCAAAAUUGUGCCGUUCUUCAAGCUCUGCGAUGAGCAACUAUCCAAUCAGAGUCACUACGAUUUCGGGCUGCGUGCUUUGAAAUCUGUCCUUAUCUCGGCUGGCAAUGUGAAACGUGAUCGCAUAAUGAAGAUUAAGGAACAGAUGCGUCAACGUGGCGACGAGAAUAUCGAUGAGGCAUCUGUCGCGGAGAAUCUGCCCGAACAGGAGAUACUCAUACAGUCCGUCUGCGAGACAAUGGUGCCCAAGUUGGUUGCCGAGGAUAUUCCACUGCUCUUCUCACUGCUCAGCGAUGUCUUCCCCAAUGUGGGCUACACCCGGGCCGAAAUGAAGGGUCUCAAGGAGGAGAUACGCAAGGUGUGCCAGGAGGAUUAUCUCGUCUGCGGCGAGGGUGACGAGCAGGGCGCUGCCUGGAUGGAGAAGGGACUCGGCUCAACCUGGGUCGACAAAGUGCUGCAACUGUAUCAAAUCUCCAAUUUGAAUCAUGGACUCAUGAUGGUGGGUCCAUCCGGUUCAGGCAAGUCGACAGCUUGGCGCACACUGCUCAAGGCACUGGAGCGCUUCGAGGGCGUUGAGGGUGUUGCUCAUGUCAUCGAUCCCAAGGCCAUUUCCAAGGAGGCGCUUUAUGGUGUCCUUGAUCCAAAUACACGCGAGUGGACCGACGGUCUCUUUACGCACAUUCUGCGCAAGAUCAUAGACAAUGUGCGCGGCGAGAUUAACAAACGGCAGUGGAUCAUCUUUGAUGGCGACGUGGAUCCCGAGUGGGUGGAGAAUCUCAAUUCGGUGCUGGACGACAACAAAUUACUGACGCUGCCCAAUGGUGAACGUCUUUCGCUGCCGCCCAAUGUGCGUGUCAUGUUCGAGGUGCAGGAUUUGAAGUUUGCCACGCUUGCCACCGUUUCUCGCUGUGGCAUGGUCUGGUUCUCAGAGGAUGUGCUCUCCACGGAGAUGAUAUUCGAAAAUUAUUUGUCACGUUUGCGCAGCAUUCCGCUCGAGGAUGGCGACGAUGAUUUCGUUGGAGUAAUGAUGAAACCCCCCAAGGACAAGGAGGAAGAAGUCUCGCCCUCGUUGCAAGUGCAACGCGAUAUUGCGCUGCUGUUGCAGCCCUUCUUCUCGGCGGAUGGCAUUGUGGUGCGCACUUUGGAGUAUGCCAUGGAUCAGGAGCACAUCAUGGACUUUACACGUCUGCGUGCUCUCAGCUCGCUCUUCUCCAUGCUCAAUCAGUCCGCCCGCAAUGUGCUCAAUUUUAAUGCCCAACAUCCUGAUUUCCCUUGCUCCGCUGAUCAAUUAGAGCACUAUAUACCCAAGGCAUUAGUCUACUCGGUGCUGUGGUCAUUUGCUGGCGAUGCCAAGCUGAAAGUGCGCAUCGAUCUGGGUGAUUUUGUGCGCAGUGUAACAACGGUGCCGUUGCCAGGUGCUGCUGGUGCGCCCAUCAUCGAUUACGAGGUGAGCAUGAACGGUGAAUGGGUGCCGUGGAGUAACAAGGUGCCCGUCAUCGAGGUGGAGACCCAUAAAGUGGCAUCCCCGGAUAUUGUGGUGCCCACGCUAGACACUGUGCGUCACGAAUCGCUGCUCUACACCUGGCUGGCCGAGCACAAGCCAUUGGUGCUCUGCGGUCCACCUGGUUCUGGCAAGACGAUGACACUGUUCUCUGCGCUGCGUGCGCUGCCCGACAUGGAGGUGGUUGGUCUCAAUUUCUCAUCGGCCACAACGCCGGAGUUGCUGCUCAAGACUUUCGAUCACUACUGCGAGUACCGCAAGACACCCAAUGGCGUGGUACUCUCACCCGUCCAGAUUGGGAAAUGGCUGGUGCUCUUCUGCGAUGAGAUCAAUUUGCCCGACAUGGAUUCGUAUGGCACCCAACGUGUCAUAUCCUUCCUGCGCCAGCUGGUCGAACAUAAGGGCUUCUAUCGAGCAAGCGAUCAGGCUUGGGUUUCGCUGGAACGCAUACAAUUUGUGGGAGCUUGUAAUCCACCCACAGAUCCGGGUCGCAAGCCCCUCUCGCAUCGUUUCCUGCGCCAUGUGCCCAUCAUCUAUGUGGACUACCCCGGCGAGACGUCGCUCAAGCAGAUCUACGGCACCUUCUCGCGUGCCAUGCUGCGGCUAAUGCCUGCAUUGCGUGGCUACGCCGAACCUCUGACCAAUGCCAUGGUCGAGUUCUAUUUGGCAUCGCAGGAUCGCUUCACGCAGGACAUGCAACCGCAUUAUGUCUACUCACCGCGUGAGAUGACUCGCUGGGUGCGUGGCAUUUGUGAAGCCAUCCGUCCCUUAGACUCACUACCCGUUGAGGGUCUGGUGCGUCUGUGGGCGCAUGAGGCACUGCGUCUGUUCCAGGAUCGUCUCGUUGAUGACAGCGAACGUCGCUGGACCAAUGAGAAUAUCGAUUUGGUCGGCCACAAGCACUUCCCGGGCAUCAAUCAGGAAGAGGCACUGCAACGACCCAUCCUCUACAGCAAUUGGCUGUCCAAGGAUUAUACGCCCGUGAAUCGCGAGGAGUUGCGCGAUUAUGUCCGCGCUCGCCUCAAGGUAUUCUACGAGGAGGAACUGGACGUACCGCUGGUGCUCUUCGAUGAGGUCCUCGAUCAUGUCCUCCGCAUCGAUCGUAUUUUCCGCCAGCCACAGGGUCAUCUGUUGCUCAUCGGCGUUUCUGGAGCUGGCAAGACGACGCUGUCGCGCUUCGUUGCUUGGAUGAAUGGUUUAUCCAUCUUCCAGAUCAAGGUGCACAAUAAGUAUACUAGCGAGGACUUUGACGAGGAUUUGCGUUGUGUGUUGCGUCGCUCCGGCUGCAAGGACGAGAAAAUCGCCUUCAUAUUAGAUGAGUCGAAUGUGCUGGACUCAGGUUUCUUGGAGCGCAUGAAUACGCUGCUGGCCAACGGUGAGGUGCCCGGUCUCUUCGAGGGCGAUGAGUACACCACGCUGAUGACCCAGUGCAAGGAGGGUGCUCAGCGCGAGGGACUCAUGCUCGACUCCAGUGAUGAGCUGUACAAGUGGUUCACGCAGCAGGUGAUGCGUAAUCUUCAUGUUGUAUUCACCAUGAAUCCCUCAACCGAUGGCCUCAAGGAUCGUGCCGCAACAUCGCCAGCUCUGUUCAAUCGUUGUGUAUUGAAUUGGUUUGGUGACUGGUCGGACUCAGCCCUCUUCCAAGUCGGCAAAGAGUUCACCACUCGUGUCGAUUUGGAGAAGCCCAAUUGGACGCCGCCGGAUUUCUUCCCAUCCGUUUGCCCACUGGUGCCAGCGAAUCCCACGCAUCGCGAUGCGGUCAUCAACAGUUGUGUCUAUGUUCAUCAGACACUUCACCAGGCCAAUGCUCGCCUGGCCAAACGUGGUGGACGCACCAUGGCUGUCACUCCCCGGCACUAUCUGGACUUUAUCCAUCACUUUGUCAAGCUGUACAAUGAGAAGCGUAGCGAUCUGGAGGAGCAACAGCUCCAUCUGAAUGUGGGUCUCAAUAAAAUCGCGGAGACUGUGGAGCAAGUGGAGGAGAUGCAAAAAUCGCUGGCGGUCAAAAAGCAGGAGUUGCAGGCCAAGAAUGAGGCGGCUAACGCCAAGUUGAAGCAAAUGUUCCAGGAUCAGCAAGAGGCAGAGAAGAAGAAGAUACAAUCGCAGGAGAUACAGAUACGACUGGCCGAUCAGACGGUCAAGAUUGACGAGAAGCGCAAGUAUGUCAUGGCAGAUCUGGCACAGGUGGAACCAGCCGUUAUCGAUGCCCAGCAAGCUGUGAAGUCCAUACGCAAACAGCAACUCGUUGAGGUGCGAACGAUGGCGAAUCCACCGUCUGUGGUUAAAUUGGCACUCGAGUCGAUCUGCCUGCUGCUGGGCGAGAAUGCGACAGAUUGGAAAUCAAUACGCGCUGUGAUAAUGCGUGAAAAUUUCAUAAAUUCAAUUGUAUCUAACUUCGGUACCGAGAACAUAACCGAUGAGGUUCGGGAGAAAAUGAAGUCCAAGUAUCUGAGUAAUCCGGACUAUAACUUUGAGAAGGUCAAUCGCGCCAGUAUGGCCUGUGGUCCCAUGGUCAAGUGGGCCAUUGCACAGAUUGAGUAUGCUGACAUGUUGAAGCGUGUGGAGCCGUUGCGUGAGGAACUGCGCUCUCUGGAGGAACAGGCCGAUGUCAACCUGCACAGCGCCAAGGAGACCAAGGAUCUGGUGGAGCAACUCGAGCGCAGCAUUGCUGCCUACAAGGAGGAAUAUGCACAGCUCAUUUCCCAGGCGCAGGCCAUUAAAACCGAUCUGGAGAAUGUGCAAGCCAAGGUGGAUCGUUCGAUUGCGCUGCUCAAGAGCUUGAACAUUGAACGCGAACGUUGGGAGUCCACCAGUGAAACAUUCAAAUCCCAAAUGUCCACCAUUGUGGGUGAUGUUCUACUCUCGGCAGCAUUCAUCGCCUAUGGCGGCUACUUUGACCAGCAUUAUCGAUUGAAUCUGUUCACCACGUGGUCACAGCAUCUGCAGUCGGCGAGCAUUCAAUAUCGUGCGGACAUUGCACGCACCGAGUAUCUGUCCAAUCCGGACGAGCGUCUGCGCUGGCAGGCGAAUGCCUUGCCCACGGAUGAUCUUUGCACGGAGAAUGCCAUCAUGCUGAAGCGAUUUAAUCGUUAUCCGUUGAUUAUUGAUCCCUCCGGGCAGGCGACCACUUUCCUGCUCAAUGAGUAUGCGGGCAAGAAGAUAACGAAGACCUCCUUCCUGGACGAUUCGUUCCGCAAGAAUCUCGAGUCGGCGUUGCGUUUCGGUAAUCCGCUGCUCGUCCAGGAUGUGGAGAACUAUGAUCCCAUAUUGAACCCGGUGUUGAAUCGCGAAUUGCGUCGCACUGGCGGACGUGUCUUGAUUACGUUGGGUGACCAGGACAUUGAUCUGUCGCCUUCAUUUGUCAUCUUCUUGUCGACACGAGAUCCGACUGUUGAGUUCCCGCCGGACAUCUGCUCGAGGGUAACCUUUGUCAACUUUACCGUGACGCGCAGUUCGCUGCAAUCGCAGUGCCUGAACCAAGUGCUGAAGGCCGAGCGACCCGACAUCGAUGAGAAGCGUUCCGAUCUGCUCAAAUUGCAGGGCGAGUUCCGUUUGCGUCUGCGCCAGCUGGAGAAGAGUCUGCUGCAGGCACUCAACGAUGCCAAGGGCAAGAUCCUGGACGAUGACUCGGUGAUCACCACACUGGAAACGCUCAAGAAGGAGGCGUACGACAUCAACCAGAAGGUGGAUGAAACAGACAAGGUCAUCGCUGAGAUUGAGACUGUGUCCCAACAAUAUCUGCCCUUGUCUGUGGCAUGCAGCAGCAUGUACUUCACCAUGGAUAGCCUGAAUCAGGUGCACUUCCUCUAUCAGUACUCGCUGAAGAUGUUCCUCGACAUCUUCUCCACGGUGCUGUACAAUAAUCCACGGCUCGAUGGACGCAGCGAUCACUCGGAGCGACUGGGCAUCAUCACGAAGGAUCUGUUCCAGGUGUGCUACGAGCGUGUGGCACGUGGCAUGUUGCACAACGAUCGCUUAACCUUUGCUCUGCUCAUGUGCAAGAUCCAUUUGAAGGGCUCUGGCGAAUCCAAUCUGGACACCGAAUUCAAUUUCUUCCUGCGCAGUCGCGAAGGUCUCCUCGCGAAUCCCACGCACGUCGACGGACUCAGCGGCGAGCAAGUGGAGGGCGUCAAUAGAUUGGCCACUCGUCUGCCUAUCUUCCGCAAGCUGGUUGAGAAAGUGCGCUCCAUGCCCGAGCUGGGCGCCUGGCUACAGCAGAGCUCUCCCGAACAGUGUGUGCCCCAACUGUGGGAUGAAUCCAAGGCGUUGUCCGCCAUUUGCAGCUCUGUGCACCAGUUGCUGUUGAUUCAGGCCUUCCGACCGGAUCGCGUCAUUGCCGCUGCCCACAAUGUGGUCAACAGUGUGCUUGGCGUCGAUUUUAUGCCCAAUGCCGAGCAGGAGUUGGACUUUACAGCCGUCGUCGACAAGCAACUCAAUUGCAAUACGCCCGCACUGCUGUGCUCCGUGCCCGGUUUUGAUGCCUCUGGUCGCGUAGAUGACUUGGCCGCCGAGCAGAAUAAGCAAAUCUCCAGCAUUGCCAUUGGUUCCGCUGAGGGCUUCAAUCAGGCGGAGCGUGCCAUUAAUAUGGCCUGCAAGAAUGGUCGAUGGGUGCUGCUGAAGAACGUACACUUGGCACCGCAGUGGCUCGUCCAGCUGGAGAAGAAGAUGCAUUCACUGCAACCGCAUUCGGGCUUCCGUCUCUUCCUCACCAUGGAGAUUAAUCCGAAGGUGCCUGUGAAUCUCCUGCGUGCUGGUCGCAUCUUUGUCUUUGAGCCACCUCCAGGCAUACGUGCGAAUCUGUUGCGCACCUUCUCCACGGUGCCAGCGGCACGCAUGAUGAAGGCGCCCAGCGAGCGAGCACGUCUCUAUUUCCUGCUCGCCUGGUUCCAUGCCAUUGUCCAGGAGCGUCUCCGUUACGUGCCUCUGGGCUGGGCCAAGAAGUACGAGUUCAAUGAGUCCGAUUUGCGUGUCGCUUGCGAUACCCUGGACACAUGGAUCGAUACGACGGCCAUGGGACGCACCAAUUUGCCGCCGGAGAAAGUGCCGUGGGAUGCACUGGUCACGCUGCUGUCCCAGUCCAUCUAUGGCGGCAAGAUCGACAACGAUUUCGAUCAGCGUCUGUUGACCUCGUUCCUCAAGAAGCUCUUCACCGCUCGCAGCUUCGAGGCGGACUUUGCUCUCGUCGCGAAUGUGGAUGGUGCCUCGGGCGGAUUGCGUCACAUUACCAUGCCGGAUGGCACACGACGCGAUCACUUCCUCAAGUGGAUCGAGAAUCUGACAGAUCGCCAGACGCCCUCAUGGCUGGGUCUGCCCAACAAUGCGGAGAAGGUGCUGCUCACAACGCGUGGCACGAAUCUGGUGAGCAAGCUUCUCAAGAUGCAGCAGUUGGAGGAUGACGAUGAGCUCGCCUACAGCGUCGAGGAGCAGUCCGAACAGUCCGCCCUGGCGCUGGGCGCACGCAGCGAGGAUGGUCGUCCGUCGUGGAUGAAAACGUUGCACAAUUCGGCCACCGCCUGGCUGGAGUUGUUGCCCAAGAAUCUGCAGGUACUCAAGCGCACCGUGGAGAACAUUAAGGAUCCACUAUAUCGCUACUUCGAACGUGAAGUGACCAGCGGUGCUCGUCUGCUCCAGACGGUCAUCUCUGAUCUACAGGAUGUAGUAUUGAUUUGCCAGGGCGAGAAGAAGCAGACGAAUCAUCAUCGUUCCAUGCUCUCCGAGCUGGUGCGCGGCAUCAUACCCAAGGGCUGGAAACGUUACACUGUCCCCGCCGGUUGCACCGUCAUCCAGUGGAUCACGGAUUUCAGUCAGCGCGUGCAGCAGCUGCAAAAGGUCUCCCAACUGGUCUCACAGGCCGGUGCCAAGGAACUGCAGGGUUUCCCCGUCUGGCUGGGUGGUCUGCUCAACCCCGAGGCUUACAUCACAGCCACCCGGCAGUGUGUGGCCCAGGCAAACAGUUGGUCACUGGAGGAGCUCGCCCUGGAGGUGACCAUUACCGACGCUGGUCUCAAAACAGAUCAGAAGGACAGCAGCUUCGGGGUCAGUGGCCUCAAGCUGCAGGGCGCCCAGUGCAAGAACAACGAAUUGCUCCUGGCCUCCACGAUAAUGAUGGAUCUGCCCGUCACCAUCCUCAAGUGGAGCAAGAUCUCCUCGGAGCCACGUGUCUGCAAAUUGACGCUGCCCGUUUACUUGAACUCCACGCGCACCGAGCUGCUCUUCACUGUGGAUUUGGCCGUCGCUGCUGGCCAGGAUUCGCAUAGCUUCUAUGAACGAGGCGUCGCCGUUUUGACGUCCACUGCUUUGAACUAAGUGCUUGAAUUAUAUUAAUCAAUCUCCCUUUGAAAUACCCCCAAACCCAAUCCAAUUCCAAUUCCAUAAAUUUCUAAUUUCUAUUUAAAAUAUAUCUACACAUUUAACCACCCCAAAUAUCAGUA